AUGGUUGAUAUCUUGAACGUUAAAGGUGAGCCGAUCUUUGACGAUCGCAUCAUCAAGAUGGAGACUCACACGUACAACCCGUAUGCCAACACGACAUUUGGGAAUAGCGAUGAGAUAAGGAUACCAAUACAGCAGCAAGAUUUAUAUACGUUACCGUGUGAAAGUUUUCUCUACAUCGAAGGAAGAUUGACGACAAAGAAUGUAAAUGCCAAUACGCCAGUGCUUGGUUUUAAUUGUGUGGGGUACAUGUUUGAUGAAAUUCGAUAUGAACUCAACGGUGUGGAGAUUGAUCGCUCUAGAAACGUUGGAAUGACUAGUAUGAUGAAAACUUAUGUAUCAAUGUCGGAGUUAAACAUAAGGAAUCUAUUACAUGCUGGAUUUCCAUAUGGGGAUAGAAUAGAAACAUUUGAUGGAUACUUUAAUUUUUGCAUACCGCUUAACGUGCUAUUGGGAUUUUGUGAAGAUUACAAACAUGUGAUAGUUAAUGCUCGUCAUGAGUUAAUUUUGAUACGAGCGCGCAAUGAUAACAAUUGUCUUGUGGGAGAUCCAGCGAUGGAACCGAAACUCGAAUUAUUCAAAGUGCAAUGGCGUAUGCCUCAUGUUAUGUUAAAUGAAGUCAACAAACUAUCCAUGUUGCGAACCUUGCAGAGCGGGCGAUACCUGAGUGUGAGUUUCCGUUCAUGGGAUCUAUAUGAGUAUCCCUUAUUGCCAAGUACGACGAAGCAUUCCUGGGCAGUCAAGACUGCAACUCAGCUAGAAAAACCACGAUAUGUCAUUUUUGCUCUGCAGACUAAUAGAAAAAAUAUUAUGAGAGCUGACAAGAGAUACCUUGAUACCAGUAAAAUAACCAAUGUAAAACUUUACCUAAACUCCGAAUUUUAUCCUUACGAUGAUCUGAAUCUAGACUUUGGUAAAGGCAAAUACGCUCUCUUAUAUGACAUGUAUGCACGUUUUCGUCCGUCUUAUUAUCAACAUAAAUGUUUGGAACCGAUGUUUGACGUAGCAGCAUUUAGAUCUUAUGCUAUGGCUGUCAUUGACUGCUCGCAACAAAACGAGUCUAUUAAGAGCGCUACCGUUGAUGUGAGAUUGGAGUUUGAAUUGAAAGAGAAUGCACCGGCAAAUACUAGCGCCUACUGUCUCAUUAUACACGAUCGCGUGAUUGAAUAUUCCCCAUUGACCAAUGUAGUGCGCAAAAUCAUGUAA